AUGCAGUAUCCAUCUCGAGUCACCUUAGGCGAGGGAGUAAAAUACACAUACACGACGCUGCAGAAUCUCGGCGUUCCCGCUCCACAGGAUGGCACAAUGGACUUCAAGCAAAACACCACUAGCCGUCAGGUCUCCGCGAUAGCAGUCCAUGCUGUCAGAAGUAAUGCAACCGUGCAGCAGCAGCAGGCAUUUCAGGUGGCGCAUUUUCGGGUGUUCCUCAUCUUGGUACCUUUGUACCUCGAUGUGCAAUCUCCGCACGAGUCUGUCGAACUCAAUAACUACGCCCACAAUGGCCUCAUCACAACUACCGAGGUGGCAUACCAUGCCUACAUCUACUCUCAACGCCCAUUAACCUUUCUUCAUGUCAGCGUAGUCAAUGCUGCCACUUUUAUUACUGUUGGUCAGGUCUUAGAUUGUCUUUUCAACGAGAAUGGCCGCCAGCGCUAUCAGCUUGACGCUACCACUGGAAGUGGGUGUCGUUAUUGGUGCCAGACUGUUGUCAGAGAUAUGGCGACGAAGGGGUGGCUCUCCCAAGAUGCUCCUGCAAAAACCGAGGAAAUUGCUGCUGCAAUCCAGGCCUAUAACCCUGAGGUGGUUGUCUCCGAGGUUGGGAACCCCAGGGGUGGAAUGUUCUAUUAA